UUAAGUUUUGUAGGUGUCGGCUAGGUCAAAAAUAAUUUUGUCCAAUUUUUCGUUUUGUCCUGCAUUUUUAUGUAUCGAAAUCAUAAAAUGAUACUUGUAUGGCAUAAGGUGGUCGGUUCAAAAUAAAAAUUCCGACGAUCGGAUAUACCUCUAAUACGGUUAAUAGCUGAAAGAGGCUUAAAUUAAAGUAAAUAUUUGAAACAAUAAAAGACCAAGAGGUCGGUUUUCAGUGUUAAGUGAUCACUACGCCCACAGUGAUAUUAUUAUGGAAACGAGACGAGUAGUGUGAUUAAAGAGGAAGAAACUGAUGAUGUCAGGAGAUCGAGCAACGCGUCCGAACUCUUUAGUGUUGGAUACGCCGGCACCGGAGCGCGAACCUCUGCGCUUCGAUGUGCAGUUAGUUGGAGCCCCACCGGAGGUUGAGCAGCUGGUUAAUAACAUCAAACAGGUAGCCGAAGAAUUUUUGUACCACUGGAAAACUUUUCCCAUUGUAUUACCUCCAACACGGUUUGGUCCCGGUAACCGUCCAUGUGACAUCAUUAUUCCACCUCCUUGCGAUGAGGUGGAUGCAGCUGCUCUAGAUGCUGGACCGGAACCGCAACCUCUGUCGCCCAAACAACUACAAUCUAUUAGGGAGAAAGGGGAGUUUGAAGUACCUUCCCGUCACUUUCCUGGUCAAACGCACGUGUGGCGAGUGGCGGGCUGGUUGCAGCGCGGUAAGGUCCGAGCCCAAGAGGAACUCUACCGACACGUGGCGAGGGCGUUAGCGCUGAUCGUGGUAGUCGCCAGGGACCGACUUGUCAAAGAUGAACCGCUUUCUGUACGAGCGGGGAUCAAAUCGCUUCUGGCCGGCUUGCACAGGUUAUUGGAUCUGGCCAUUGGGAUGCCAUCAAUGGAGGCCCGGGAUCUCGAUAAGAAGAUACGCGAGGAAAGAUCACGAUAUCUGGUGGCAGAGUUGAUAUGCAAGCCGGAGCAACAGGAGGACGUGACGGCGUUGGCGGGCUGGGUGUGGCGAGCCUUACGCCGCGCCGCCGCAGAGAAGUGCGCCCCCCGCUGCCCCCCGCCCGUCCCCACGCUCUACACCACGCCCCAACACACGCAGGUUGACCUGCGUCUGUACCGUCGCGAGGUGAUGAGGAGUGCCCUGGGUCCGCUGCAGGCCGUGCUGGAGCGCGAGGCCCGCGGCUGGUUCCUGCACUUCCGGGAACAGCAGGCUGCCCAUCUCGCGCGGGAGAAGAUGCCUCUGAAGGAUAUCGAGGAGGCGGUGCGCGAGUGCGGCAUGCGCGAGUACGUGUCGCGCGUGUGCGGCGCCGUGCGGGCCAGCGACGCGCUGCGGGCGCUGGGCCCCGGCCUGCCCGAGCUGCUGGUGGCGCAGCUGCGGGCGCACCUCGCGCUGCACAGAGCUGAAGAAGGCGUCCGCAAAAAGAUCGAGGCGGGUCUUGCGGCGGCCGAGGCGAGGAUCCGCGCCUCCCACCCGAUCCUGUCCCGGGCCGACUCGUGGAGGAACGAGAAGCUGGCGGCGGCGGCGCGGCGGCUCCGGGACGAGUGCCGCUGGACCGCGCUCGAGGACGCCGCCGCCGCCAUGCAGGCGCACAAGCUGCACCAGCACCGCUACUUCCUGCUGCGGGACCUGGCCUUCCAGCGGGACCGGGAGCCCUUGUUGAUGAAGGAGCUGCGCGCGGCUCGGACGGCGCGGCGCUCGUGGCAGUGGGCGCGGCGCGUGUGGCGGCCGGCGCGCUGGGCCGUGGUGCGACACUGCCGCGGCCGCGCCGAGCGCGUGCGCACCGCCGUGGCAGCGCGCGCGCCCGCCGCCCCGCCCCGCGCCCGCCCGCCCGCCGCGCCGCCAGUGUUCCUGCUGCGGAGGGACGCCGUCUCCACCACCUCCACGCGCUGGCCGGCCUGGAGACUGCUCAACCUCGCCUAUAGAAUAUGGUGCUGGAGCUGGAACCUGGUGUACGUGCUGGGCGUGGUGGUGCCGUGGUGCUCCCCGCUGUCGUUGCGAGCGCUGGUCUGCGUCAAGCCGUACACGCCGGAGCUAGAGGUCUCCCAGGUGAAUGGAGUUUUAUAUCCGAAGAAGAGCAGCGAAACCCACACGAUGUGCUCGCGACUGCUGGCGCUGUGGAGGCACGUGUCCAAACAGCGCACGAAGUUCGAAACCGAACCGGACACCGGCCUACUGGGCAAGGGCUUGAGUCGGUGGGCGCACCGCGUGUGGUGGUACGGCGUGGUGGGGGGCGGCGGGUCGGCGGCGCUGCUGGUGGUGUUCCCGGUGUGCGCGCUGGCGGUGUCGGCGGCGGCGGUGCUGCUGGCGCUGGCGGCCCCGCUGUGGACGCCGCCGCUGGCGCUGGCCGCGCACGUGGCGCACGCCGUGCUCUACGACGCCGACUCGCCCGACCCAGCACUCAACAGGUGGUGUCCGCUGCUGGAGGUGGUGCUGUGGCGAGUAGCGGUGCUGGGCGUGCUGCAACCCGCCGCCGCGCUGCUCACGGCGCUGCUGCUCUGUCCGCUGGCUGCUGCUGUCCUGCUCGUCGGCGGCGUGGCGUGGUGGGGCGCGCGCGGCGUGUGGGAGAGCGUGGCGUGGCGCGGCGUGGCGGCGCGGCGCGCGCGGGUGCCGGCGCACGACUCCGCCUUCUGCCGGCGCGUGCGCGGGCCCGGCCUGCACGCGCGCGUCUACUACCAGCUCACGUGCACGCAGGCGGCGGCGGCGGUGUGCGCGCGCGCCGAGCUGGAGGCGCUGGGUCGCUGGGCGGCGGACACGGAGCGCGCCAUCGAGCGCCCGCUCAGGGACUUCGAACACUUCGUGGACGCCUGCUUCGGGCCCUUCUCCGUACAAAUAGCCAAGCGCGGCGCGUACCGGCAGCUGGAGCGCGAGUGCGGGUCGCUGGCGGGCUCGCUGCGGGACAAGGUGGCGGCGCGGCGCCGGGAGCUGGCGCUGCCGCUGUCGGACGCGGCGCGGGCGCGGGCGCGGCUCUCCCCGCGGGACCUCAGGCGGGCGAUCGAAGCGUCGGCCGCGGAGCUGAGCGCGCUGUGGCGGCGGGAGGCGCGCGAGGAGUCGUGGUGGGCGCAGCGCGGCCUCGCGCCCGACGACUGGCACGGGCUCGCCGCCAACAUGCUCGUCGAGGUGUUCGACGCGGAGACGGUGGUGGCGCUGCAGGACGGCGAAGCGCGACUGCCGCUGGAGGGCAGCGAGGGGGCGCCCCCGCCCGACGUGCUGCCGCACCACGACCACGACCAGCCCGCCGACUGCCCGUACGUGUGGUGCUCGUGGGGCUCGGGGCCGGCGCUGCGCGUGUCCGCGCCCGCACUGGAGCCCGCCGCCUUCAGCCCCCGCGCCGCGCUGCACCCCCCGCUGCCCCACCCCGCCACCGUCGCGCUAGUGCUGCACAACAGGGACUCGGACAACCCCGUCCCGCUGGACUCGGAGCUGUGCGCCGAGAUACUGAAGAGCCUGGAGGACGCGCCCGACUGCGACGAGAAGCGAGCAACAGACGAAGUGGAGAGGUAUCGAGGUGGAGGCAGCUCGGAGGGAUCCAGCUCGGAGGCCAGCGCCGAGGAGGAAGAACGACCAAGGGAGGAAGACGACGGACUUUGCAGAGUGUCCGGUCGCAGCACGUGUCGGUGGACGCUGAGCGGGCGCGGCGUGAGGCUGCGCGCCGACCUCGCCAGCCCCGAGGACGUGUCCCUCGACGAGCGGCCCCCGCCCGGCACCCCCGUCUGACCCCCCACCUGACCCCCCACCCUCCUCACUAGUGCCUGAUGUCACGUCGAUACUGACAUCCGAGAAUACAACGACUCUACGCUUGCUGGACGCCGACCGACCUCCCCUCCCCCUCACUAGUGCCUGAUGUCAUGUAGACAGUGACGUUCGAAUAUACAACGAUGCUAAUUAAUACGUAAACGCACCAAUUAUCCGUACGUAAAGUGAUAAAAUAAUCGAUUAUUGGCAAUUAUUAACGUAUAAUCAAUUUUUAGGUUAAAUAGCUAUGGUUAAAUAUAAGUAUCGGACCGGACUGCUGGUUGAUACUGGUGGCGGAAAUCGGACUCUGACAACAGUAAUGCCCGUAUCGAUAACAAAACAGUUAUAUUUAUCGACAUCAAUACUAACAUUGGCGUUGCAUAAAAUUGUCUCUAUAUAAAUGUAUAGAGAACUGGAAUUAAAUAGAGUUAUGCUUUAGAAAUAAUCUGGCAAAUGUAGUAUCGGUAACUUGUAAUAUAGAGAGUU